GUGUAACUGUGAUUAAAGAGGCUAUUCCACUGUUGAAACGUACAUGAAAGGCCAUGGCUUCUGCUGGAAAAGUAAGCAAGUGAUUUAUAAAAAAAAAAUUUAAAAAAAUUGUAUUUACUGAUGCAUAGAAAUGUGCAAGAUGUAUUAUAAAGGAAACACACUUAUUUUUACAUUAAGGGUCAUUUCAGGGCUAAAUAAGAGCUAAAUGCACCAGGCCUCACGAAGUGUUAAUGUGAUUGUGCACAUACUAUACAUGUCUGCAGGAUAUAACAUGGGCAACAUUUAGAUAGCAUUGGUGAGCCCUAAAAACUAAUUUUGCAGUCACAUUCAUUGCUGCUGUUCCCUUUAAAAAGCAGUAAGACAACUUUCUUUUAUUAUUUUUAAAUGCAUUAUGCAGAGCUGCAUUAAGGUUCAUUUCUCCAGUUUGAUCUUGCAAGAACAUUGGUUAAUAGGUAUCUAGUUUCAUCGCUACUCUAUUGAAAAAAUAUCUAUCUCCUCCCCUACCCCCCGGACAACUUACAAUUUUUUUUUUAAAUGUGUGUAGGCAUACAUAUAUAGGUGUUGCACCUAUUCUUGUCAGUAACAUAAUGUUGGACAGAGGUAUCCUCCCUAUAUAUACAAACUUGUGCAGAAACAAAAGCUGUUAUUGCUCAUUGUGUGGUUAAAGAGAAAGAAUGUAAAAAUCUACUGGAUGUUGAUAGACACCUGAUUAGCACAAUUUUAACUUUAUAUAUAAGUAAAAUGUGUCAGGUAGAAAAUAAUAAAGUUUAGUUUGACAAAUAAACAUGCAUUUUUCUAUAGAUCUAGAAAAAUUAAAUAUAGUGAUAAUUUGCCUGUGUAAAUUUCGUUCCUUUAUAACAUGUUUAUGAACAUAUCUGGAUGUUCAAAAUGUAAAUACAUGUCUGAAAAUGAAUUUUCUCCUAAAACGUAAUGAAAAUUAAAACUGUUCAGUAAACAGCCACGUGUGUUUGCUCAAUGGUGUUUCAGAAUUAUGGUGACACAAAUCACCAGGAAGUAAUGCCAGUAAUAAUGUUUUAUACAUACAUCUGCUGUACUCCUCACAUCAGUAAAUGUUUUAACAGCUUUUUACUGGGUUGAGGUGAAGAGAAAUAGUCGCAAAGUGAAAAGACCAGUCCUCAAACCUGUAUCUGGUUUUAUGACUUUGCUCAUUUUUAAUUUGACGCUAACAGAAGAAUAAGAUUUCCUCUUUCAAAAGAGCAUAUGUUACUUAAUAUUUUUUAUGUUAUAUCAUAACUUAUUGGUGGUCCAACUGAAACCAGAGUAAUAUAAAGGUAGCAAGACUGUUGGUAUUCACGUGCACUCAGGCUAUGCUUUUUUGCCAUCAUACCCACAAUUAUACCCACUGCUUAAACUCAGGGUGGAGAAGUUAAAGAAAGUGCAAGGUUAAUCGGGGACUAAGAAUAGCAUGGUUUGACACGAAACUUCAAAUUAGCAUACCUUCAAGUGUCCCUAUUUAGGAGGAAUACUCUCUAUCUUGGGCACAAAUCCCUCUGUUCCUCUUUUCUAUCACAAUAUCCCUAUUUUCUAGAAGCUCCAUAGAGUUGGUGUGUCUGAGUGUAUACCAUAGAUUCACAACAAUAAUAUUCAGAGUAAUGUGUUUUUAGAUGACAAUAAAUGUGUUUAGAAAUCCAGUUGUGUAAAUAUGUAUUUUUAUGAUAAGUUUAUUUUUCCCACAGUGUGUUACAAAUGUGCGUGCAUGCUAUUUGAAACUGUAGAGGAAAUUCCUCAAAAAUCUGAUUCAGUUAACAGAAAUUCCUACACGCACAUGUUUUCUGCAUGCUUUGAUACAUUAUGGGAGAGAUUUAGCAAAUUAAGCUAUUCUAAAAAGUGGUGUAAAGCUAUAAAGGUGGAGUUGUCAACAUUUUAAUGUUUUUGUUGGUUCCAAUGGUUUCCAUAGUAACAGCCCCACUUUUAAAAUGUUUCAAAACAUGACACAUUAAAAAAAAUAUCCAGCUGGAAGUCUUAUAAUAGUAUACGGACAGAGUCUGACAGAGAAACAUACCUCCCAAAUGUGUCUAUUCAGGAGGAACAGUCCCUAUGUCCAGUGUUAAUCACUCAGUUCCUCUUUUCUAUCCUAAUCACUUAUUUUCUUGGUGCUCCAUAUUGUAUAUACCUGAGCUCCACAGCAAUAAUAUUCAGAGUAAUGUGUUUUUAAACGCCAAUAAAUGUGUUUAGAAAUUCAGUUGUGUAAAUAAGAUACAUUGUUCCACUACAUUCUAAAUUACUUUUUACUAUCAUAAAUUUAGAGUGUAAGCUCAUGGGCCAUCUUGCCAAGCACUUUGUAUAAAAGAGCUCCAAUGGCUAGAUAUCAGCUUACGGGCAGGGCUCUCUCUGCCUCUUGUAUUUGUCUGUGUAGAUUGUACGUUUCUCCACUAAUGGUACAGCGUUGCGGAAUCUGUUGGCGCUUUAUAAAUAGCAAUAAUAAAAAAAAAUUAAAUUUUUUUUAUAUUGGUAAGCCAACUACAAUUUUUCAGCCAACCCCCACUGAUCACCCCUACUCAUACUCCUAAAAUUAAAGUGUCCCCUUUUUCCAUGUGAAAUGUUGGGGUGGAAAAAUUAGCUAAAAAGAAACUUGGGAAGGUAGCAUUGUCAAGUCAAGCAAAUCCACUAAAACAUGUUUAUAAUGGCAUAAUGCUAUCAUGUUACUUGAACAGUUUAUAUGUAGUGAUGUCCCGAAUGGUUCGCCGAAUGGUUCGCCAUGGACUCAUCAUUAAAUAAAAUUUGACCCUGUACCUCACAGUCAGCAGACACAUUCCAGCCAAUCAGCAGCAGACCCUCCCUCCCAGACCCUCCCACCUCCUGGACAGCUCACUAAGAAAGCAGCUUCAAAAUGGAUGCUGUCCAGGAGGUGGGAGGGUCUGGGAGGGAGGGUCUGCUGCCGAUUGGCUGGUAUGUGUCUGCUGACUGUGAGGUACAGGGUCAAAGUUUACUCAAUGAUGAGUCCGUGUCGAACCGUUCGAGAACCGUUCGGCGAACCUUUCGGGACAUCACUAUUUAUAUGUAGCCACAGAGUAUACGUCCAAAAUGUGUUCCGCUAAAAUUACAAAUUAGGAAAUAAUAGAAUAUGCAGGUUAGGUUUCCCGUGGCUUUUUGGAAGCAGAAUUUGUUCACGAUCCACUGCAUUUUUCAAGCAAUGAUUUUUCAGUUUGUGCUGCUAUGCCCAGAAAUGAUUAAUUGCAGUUGAGGAGCCUGCCAAGAGCCUAAGCAAACUAUAUAUUUAUUAAAAGUAUUCACUUUGCAACUGGGUUCUGCCAAUUUUAAUGAAAAGUUUUUUGUUUUUUUCCACUGUGUGUUUACAAAUGUGUGUGCACACUAUUUGAAACUGUAGAGAAAGUAACACAAAUGAUUCACAUUACAGAAAUUCUUACAUGCACAUGUUUGUUGCAUGUUUGGAUGAAUCAUGAAGGAGAUUUAUUAAAAUAUCCUAUUCUGGAAAGUGGUGUAAAGCUAUGAUGGUGGAGUUUUCAAUAAUGGAAUGGUUUUUGUUUGUUGCAAUAGUUUCCAUACUAACAGCCCCACUUUUAAAAUGUUUCACUUCAUUUCAGAACAUGACACUUUGACAGAUCUCCUGCUGUAAGUUUAAUAAUAGUAUAACGGAGUCUUAGCUCCUAGAAACAUACCUCCCAAGUGUCCCUAUUCAGGAGGGACAGUCCCUAUUUUGGGUCCUAAUCCUCUGUCCCUCUUUUCUAUCCUAAUGUCCCUCUAGGAGCUCCAUAUUGUUGGUGUGUCCGGGUGUAUAAUAGUGUUCUACAGCAAUAAUACUCACAUUAAUGUGUUUUAUAACUACAACAAAUGUGUUUAGGAAUCAGUCGGUGUAAAUAAGAUACAUUGUACUUGUUUUAAAUUAUAUUGUAGUUGCAGAAAUUGCUAUUAGUAAGUCACCUAAAAAUAUUUUUUAGAACAGUCCGUUCCUGACCACACCCCUAAAAUUAAAGUGCCCCUCACGGUUUAUUUGAAAUGUUGGCAGGAAAAAUGUAGAAAUGCAUGAAAUCCAGAUCCACAUUAACUGUGUGUAUUCUAGUAGGCAGAGUAAAACAACUGUUCUUCAUAGAUACCCACACAGUGGUGAUUUAUACAUGUCAGGCAAUAUAAAUUCCAUAGACAUGAAAUAUAGGCACCAGUUUGGCAAAUAUGAGAUGAGUAACAAGUAAAAGACAUGUGUUGCAUCACUCAAGCCUGUCUCUGCAAGCAACAUCAGCACUAGAACUGUGUGCCACGCACAUCAUAAAUGGGGUUUCUAUGGCUAAUCAGCUUUGCACAAGUUUCAAAUUAACAUUCACAUUUCAAAAUGGCGGUCUGCCAGAUUGGAACACCACGUUAUCUGCGGACUGGUAAGAUACCAUGGGGACUCCUUAUACAUACAUGGCCAAAGUAAUGUAAAGCAGUGGACUAUGCAGCUUUGGAAACACUUUCUAUGGAGUGAUGAAUCUUUCCGUCUGAUAGAAUAAUCUAGGUUUGGUUAAUGCCAGGAGAACCCUAACUAUUGGAAUGCAUAAAACCUACUAUAAAGUUAGGUAGAGGAGGGUUAAUGGUCUGGAGCUGUUUUUCGGGAUCUAGGCUAUGACCCUUGUUUCUAGUGAAGGGUUAUCUUAAUGCUGCAGGAUGCAGAGACAUUAUAGACAAUUGGGUGCUUCUAACUUCAUGGCAACUGCUUGAAGCCCUUUUUUGUUCCAUCAUGACUGUGAUAACUAAUUUACCCAUGAAGGUAAGAAAACACCCAGGUACUCUUGCCCCCAUUAGAACUUAAAUGAACUUAAGUUGUUAUUGGGGGUUGUUCCUUUAAUAAGUAGCAAAACAUUUUGGACUCUUACAGUUGGAGGCUCUGGUCUACGUAGUUACUCAUUACACAAAGGGCACAAUAUUCAAUAUACAAAGGGCACAAUAUUCUGUAGGGAUUGCCAGGGUCUGGACAUGUGAUGAGAAAUACUGUAUGCUUGUUCUAAUAUAUUUUAUUUUGUACUUUAUAGGUUAUUAAAUGCAGAGCAGCAGUGGCCUGGGGGCCUCACCAGCCACUUACCAUCGAGGAGAUUGAAGUUGCUCCACCAAAAGCACAUGAAGUUCGUGUUAAGGUGAAGACUGCAGUAUUGUUAUAAUUGCGUUCAUUGUUGUAAUAGUAAUGGAGACAAAGUUAAAGGCAGUAAUUAUUGGAAGGCCAGACACUGAGUUAGGUGGUGUAGGUUAAAAAAACAAAACGGUCACUGCCUGUUUGUAGCAUGGCCAAGCGGGUGGACAGGAAUUGCUCACUGAAAGAGUACUUCCUGUCAGACCGGGAACUGCGGUGGUGAUCAGGUACAGGAAUUGGAUACAUGGAGGGUAGAGAGGGAGGAAAGGGACACAUGGAGGGGCAAGAGGGAGUAAAGGGACACCUGGAGGGGAGGGGGAGAGAGGGAAGAAUGUGAUACAUGGAUGGGAGGGGGUAGACAGGGAGGAUUGGGAUACAUGGAGGGGAGGGGGAGCGAGAGAGAAAUGGGACACAUGGAGGGGCUUGGAGGGGAUGGGACAAAUGGAUGGGCUGGGGGGGAGGGUAUGAGACACAUGGAGGGGCUGGUGGAAGGGUAUGGGAAAUAUGGAGGGACAGGGGGAAGGGGUAUGGGACAUAUGGAGGGACAGGGGGGAAGGUUAUGUGGCAUAUGUCCCAUCUAGGCCCUUACGCUCUGCUAUAUUCUGUCUGUACUCCCACCUCUAAUGCUCGCCUUUAAGACUUCUUGAGGGCUGCACCGUUCCUGUGGAACUCACUUCCCUCCUCCGUUAGAUGCUCACCCAGUCUCCACUCGUUAAAAAAAAAAAAAAUCAUUAAAGGAACACUAUAGUCACCUAAAUUACUUUAGCUAAAUAAAGCAGUUUUAGUGUAUAGCUCAUUCCCCUGCAAUUUCACUGCUCAAUUUACUGUCAUUUAGAAGUUAAAUCACUUUGUUUCUGUUUAUGCAGCCCUAGCCACACCUCCCCUGGCUAUGAUUGACAGAGCCUGCAUGAAAAAAAAAAUGGUUUCACUUUCAAACAGAUGUAAUUUACCUUAAAUGAUUGUAUCUCAAUCUCUAAAUUGAACUUUAAUCACAUACAGGUGGCUCUUGCAGGGUCUAGCAAGCUAUUAACAUAGCAGGUGAUAAGAAAAUCUUAAACAGAACUUGUAAUUAUAGCCUAAAUAGAGCUCUCUUUACAGGAAGUGUUUAUGGAAGGCUUAGCAAGUCACAUGCAGGGAGGUGUGACUAGGAUUCAUAAACAAAGGGAUUUAACUCCUAAAUGGCAGAGGAUUGUGAGUGAGGCUGCAGGGGCAUGUUCUAUACACCAAAACUGCUUCAUUAAGCUAAAGUUGUUCAGGUGACUAUAGUGUCCCUUUAAAAACCCACUUCUUCAUAAAAGCGUAUCAAUUAAACUGUCACUAGCUCCUGACUGAUUCCUCUCUUGCAACUGUCAUUAGUCUAAUACUAUCCUUACCUUUUGUGUCACUUUACCUCACUCCCUCAUUGUAAGAUCAUUGAGCAGGGCCCUCAACCCCUCUGUUCCUGUGUGUCCAACUUGUCUGGUUACAACUACAUGUUUGUUCGUCCACCCACUGUAAAGUGCUGCGUAAUUUAUUGGCACUAUAUAAAUAAUAACAUAAUAAUACUACUACUAAUAAUAAUAAUAAUAAUAUGGAUGGGCUGGGGAGGGAGGUGGGUAUGGGAUACGUGGAAAGGCUGAGGAGGGGGGGAGGGAAGGAGACACAUGGAGGGUCCUGGGGGAUAAGACACAGGUAAGGGCUGGGGGGGAGGGAAUGAGACACAUGGAGGGGAGAGCCCAGGGCAAUUUUUGCACCGGGACCCUGUGGUUUGUAGUUACACCUCUGUUUCUAUGAAUUGAUGUUUGAAGGUGUUGCACUGAACUGUCCCGUUCCAGGUGAGCAGCAUUAGAGCUGUACCUUACUGCCUAAGGUGACUGUUUUUGAGUGGUUAAAUCUAAAUUAAAUAAAGAAUACAUGCAACACCAUCAGAUAGUACUAGAUACAACUGAGAGCCAUUAAAACAUUUUUACAAGUAGACAACUUUUUUUUAAAGUGUGCCUGCAAAGGGGGUUAAAACCGAAUUAAAGGAAAAGACAACAGAAAAGCAAUGUUGUAGGAGCAUAAAUAGACUCCAACUUUUUUGUGAUUAAGAAUGAUUUUUCAUAACUUCUUAAAUCAAAACUCCAAGCACCAUAACCACUACAGCCUACUGUAGUGGAUAUGGUACCAGAAGUGACCUGUGUCCUCCCAAGGAGAAUCUGGUUAAGCUCCACAAUUCGAAUCAGUUUGACCUCUUUCAUUAUGUGGGCAUCAGAGCACUCCUGGCAUCACCAACACUACAAUAGACUGUAGUGGUUAUGGUGGCAGGGAAUUCAUUUCAAUCUUUCUUGUACUUACUUUGUAAUUGAAUUUAUGCAGAUUAUUGCUACCGGGAUCUGCCGUUCAGAUGAUCAUUUUCUAAGUGGAGCAAUAACUGAAGCGAAUUAUCCAGUGAUUUUAGGUCAUGAAGCUGCCGGGAUAGUGGAAAGUGUAGGUGAAGGAGUAACCAAUUUAAAACCAGGUAAGAAAAUUCUCUAGACAAAAUGCUAGUCUUACUCAUUUUGUGCCUCCACUGUGGGAGGUGUUUACCAAGAUUAUGUAAAAAAAAUAAUUUAAAUAAAUUUUUUGUUUAGCAUUAAUAACUAGAUAGCAAUUAGCUAGUUAAUUUCCUAAGGAAAUAUAUUCACCUUAGAACUAAUUUACCACUUUAGUUGAUCAUGCUUUGAAGCACGGUAAAGUAUCCUUUUUUAAAUUGUUGUUUUGUGCAAAUAAUAUUCACGGUUUGUCUUUUUUUUACUAUUUAUCACGACUGAUUAAUUCUAAAGUUAGUACAUGCUAUGAAUUCAAAAAAACAAAUGGCAUAUUAGUGUAUACCUACCAAGAGUCCUUGAUCUAGUAGUACUGUCCCAAUGUCAGACUCCCAUGCCCUGUCUAACGUUGGCUCCCUGGUGUUCUGCAUCGCUCUGUGUAUGUUCUACUCUGAGUGGGAUUGACCAGUGAGGCUGGCAGUCAGCCUAGUGUGCAUUCACACUUGACUGACUAUCACACCUAUUUUUGGGGUAACUCUACCUGCUUUAGUAGAGGACCGUCCCUUUCACUCAAAUAGUUUCACUGACACGUCCUCAUAGGCCUGACCAUCCCUUCUCAUGGUUUCAUACCUCACAAUGUUGUGAGCUAUGUUUUACAUUAUUACAUAUGCAAAUAUACUUGUUCCCAAGAUAAAAUGUUGUGUUGUAGAACUGUUCACGACAACAGCAGCACAAAAUUAAUUUGAGUCUUGGUUUUUAAUGUUCAAUGCUAAAUUCUUCCCAUUUAAUGAGCAUAGUGAUUAUUUAUCUCUGGUGAAAAUAGCAUUUCCUCAAUUUGAGCUCAAAGAAAAGCCCAAACUACUAUUCUAAUUACUAAAAAGAUAGUAGAAAGUGUUUUCUUUACAGUAAUGGUUACUACAUAUAGAUCAUACAAUCAGCCAGUUAAACUCCUCAUAUUACACACAUUAUAGUAAUUAAUGGAUAAUGUUUGAAACAAUGGUGCAUAGUUGGACAAAAUACUUUCAAUGAAAGCUUGAUACAUCAUCACAUCUAACAAUGUUACCCUUGGAACCUCUAACUACACUCUGUUUAAAACAAAGUGUUCUGGCAGGGAACCAAGUCUGACAUUCACUCUCUUUCUAUGGUUCAUCAGGAGUAUAACUGCUAUUGUAACUUGGUUGAGAAACUCAAACAGUGUUGAGACAGUGCUCCACUGAAAAAUAAAUCAAAAAAGAAUUCAUGGGUUUUGUUCCACAAAUCAGGUGUCUAGUCCUGAUUCCAAACUCUAUACUGACAUUGUCAUUCCUGAAACAAACAUACAACCUUCCUGAUUCAAGAGUUUAUACCUACUGAGAAAUUAACAUUUCUUAGAAGAAUUUAUGAAGACAUAAAUUUUCUAAUAAAAAACAAAACAAAACAAAAAAAAAGCAUUCAAGGCUCUUUGGCAUCAUUCAAAUGCAAGAGGCCUCGUAUCAAUUCUCUACUCUAUGCAGCAAUCCAAAAUAAAAGGUAAAUAUUAGAUUUUUGUUUCUUUAGAAUAACUGCUGGUACACUCAUAAAAUGAAAUGUUUUUAACAUGAUAGCUGAAAGAUGCUUGGACCUGGUGUAGUUGAAUCAUAUCAGUCACACAACCUCCCUACUAUGUAUGAGGGGAUGUGAGCAAAAUAGCACAUAUUUCAACGUUUGGUGGAUGUACACAAAUAAUUCACCCAUUUUGGAAGAAAUCAUUAUUUAUGUCCAUUCUCCAAUAGGAACACCUUUUCAAGAUCAGUUUUUAGCCAUGGCCAUACUGAAUGGUAUAGGCAAUAUUUGUCAACUGCUUAGAAUAUCCUUGAAUCUGCACAUCGGUGCAUUGAUGUUUUGCACAAAACUGGAGAUACACCCCUCAAUCCAUGCAACUGCUCCUUAAUAAAAUUUGGCACAUACACAACAUGGAAACAUUUAUUUCACAAAUUCAAGAUACAGUCACCCAAAAUGUGAAGGCUUGAGAACCAUGGUGAGAAAAAGUAAAAAACUUUUAAGGAAACCUGAAGAAUUUUAUUUCUGAUAUAUAUAUUGUGAUCCUUGUCGGCAGGUAGCACGGUCCUCUAGGGCAAAAACAUGCACAGUCCUUGUAAUUGCAUAUACUCCAGGCACUUUAUUUUUAAAUCCACACAGGAUACAGCAGUAAAUGAAAAACAUAAAUGUAACACAAAACCUUAUAAACAAAAACCUAGCUCGUCUGAGCACUAACUGACAUUAGGUUCCCUAUCUCUCAGGGUUAAACUAAACAAAACAAUGUGGUUUCACCAACCUAGAGUCUUUGUCCACUCUCAGCACUCCAGUAUUUAGCCAGCCUGCUGCUUCCAGCCUUUCAGAGAGAAACAAAACAUUCUCUUCCUACCUGCCUAGCAGGGAGGGAUUUAUUCCCACUGCUGCAGCCGAUUACCUGCAGCUGAGCAGUAGGUUGGAGACAGUCCAAAACCCUGGGCUGGAUCUAUGUCUUCCAAGAAAACCGCUAAACUGCGGAGUGGAGCACUGGCCCACCCUGCUCUCCAAAUGCUCCACCCCAGGGGCCCAUAACUAAAUAUUAAUUCUGGUUACAUACACAGAAACAUAAACUCCCCCUGGGGUUAAAAAUCAUAUGCCUCUCUGAACAAUUCUGUCGAGAUAUAGACUCCCUCACAGACCACCCCAUUCACCUUAUCACAAUAUAUACACACACACACACACACACAUAUAUAUAUAUAUAUAUAUAUAUAUAUAUGUGUAUAUGUAUAUAUAUAUAUAUAUAUAUACACACACACACACACACACACAUCAGAUGAGAGUCCUGAGAGUGCAUCUCUUAUUCCUGUCUGUAUACUCCAUAACGUGGGAUUGCACCAAGGCAUUGAGAGACACAUACUGAAUUGGAGAUAGGGUGAGUGCCAAGCUAUCUAUUUUUUGUAUAUAUAUAUAUAUAUAUAUAUAUAUAUAUAUAUAUAUAUAUAUAUAUAUAUAUAUACACACACACACACACACACACACACACACAUAUAUAUAUACACACACACACACACACAUAUAUAUAUACAUAUACACACACACACACACAUAUAUAUACAUACACACAUGUUUUUUAUAUCAUUACUUUUUUCACUAAGAUAUAGGCUUUUUAAGUGGAAACAAAUAAGUUGAAGGGAAAAUAUUUAAAGCUUAAAAAAAAAAAAUCAAUAUCCUAAAUGGAGAAAAGAAAGUCUAUGUAAAUAACUAAAUAUAUACAAAUGAAAACACAUGAAAGGAGAAUGUAAUGUAAUACAACCACAGAUCUUUAAAAAUGUGUAUGUACUAAUAUAUCUAUCACUUACUUUAUAAAGUAUAAAAGUGCAUUCAUUAACAACCUAACAACUCAAAAUACUCUUUGUCCAUCAGGAUAUUAUAUUUUAGUUUGACGGUUGAAAUAUAGAUCUGGUACAGAAUAUGGCACAGGCUCAGUGCCAGUAAAGUGGAGAAUAUUUUUUGUAUCAAGGACAGUAUGGUGCUCAAUCUUACUUGGACUCAAUCCCAUGCCUUUCAAAACGUUCACCUUUUAGUGGCCUUGAUAACUGUCCAAUGAACAUGACUGCUUUCUGCAAAUAUGGAUCAUCAGAUAAACUAUAGCUGGGUAAAUGAUUUAUUUCAAAUAUGUCCCAGCAUAGAAAGACAAACAUAAACUUUAUGCUUCAGUUUUUGAAGCCUGUAUGAUUCCUCAUAUGACGCUCCAUUGUCGUCAGCAAGUGUUAUCAUUGUUAGAUGACAUUGGAAUAUUAUAAUCUACAGUGAGAGAUGAUAUUUUACAAGUAUGCUGGCUUUAUGUUAAAUUUGUGUUAAGGACAUAGAAACAUACCUUACCUUUUGUGUCACAUUACCCUACUCCCUCUAGCAUGUAAGCUCAUCGAGCAGGGCCCUCAGCCCCUCUGUUCCUGUGCGUCAAACUUGUCUGGUUACAAAUACAGGCCUGUUAGUCCACCCAUUGUACAAUACUACGGAACUUGUUGGCGCGUUAAAAAUAAUAAUAAUAAUAAUGUGACGGCACAUAAGAACCAUUCGGCCCAUCUAGACUGCCCAAUUUUCUAAAUACUUUCAUUAGUCCCUGGCAUAUGUUGUGACAUAUUUUAGAGAGUGGUAGAGAAAUGUUCUAUUUUACUUAGCUAGCCAGACUAGUGAGAAGUAGGAGGGGUUAUACAUCAAAACGUAACCUGAGUGUAGGUCAGACAAAAGUCCUUAGAAAUCUAGUAAAGAAUUCCAGUAUUGUCUUCAAAAAGUCCAAUAGAGGAGGUACAGUGGUGGUCCUUAAUUCAGUGGGCUAUAAUAAAGAGGCUAUGCGCCAUUUAAGUGAUCGACAAACCUAUAUCAAGUUAAAGAGAAGUCCACUAAAGUUGUUUAGUGUUAGACUUUAUUUUAAUUGCACCUGUAGAAUUCAAUCAAAUGUUCAAUAGUAAACUAACACUGACAUAAGCAUUGGAGAAACAUGGGAUAAACAUUUGUUGCCAUUUUUAUAUAUGUGCAACAUUGUCCUAGGGAGUGGAACGCAUUCUGGGUAUGUAUUGAAUUUUUAAACACUUAUUUUUGACUUGCUAUUCCUAUGUACAGGUUCUAACACAGAUUUGGAUACAUUUUCUGGAUAUGUAGGUGACAAUUAUGUGAACUUAACAUUCACAUAUAAUAAUGAAUUUAAUAAUAGUAAUUAAAUUUAUUUGAAGUCUCAUCCAACAUUUGCCUUAAAUGUGAUACUACUAUUUAUCAAAAAACAUCAGAUGUAAAAACAUAAUUUGAUACCUUUGGGAACCCUCGUUUCCCUUGAAGAAAGGUACAUAUGUGGGUCAGUUCUUGUGAAUGAUGUGUAUCUGUUCAUCUCACUAUCAAUUUUGGGCACUAUAACAGUAUAUGAAGAAAAUAUCAAGAGAUAGGGGCUACACAGAUUGGGUAAUAAAUAGGACCUUUAAAAGACAAGAGGAUAACAGUUGGAGAUCCUAAUUAUAUGAAACAUGUAUUAGAACUUAAGUUAAUUAGUUUUAGAAGUCAAGUGGUUUGGAGUCUCAUAAUAACAAACAUACUAACCCAUUAUGAGUACCCCAUAUAGUAUUUACUUCUGCAAAAACUGGAAAUUUCCUCCAAGGAAUUAGCUUGGCUGGACUGGCCUAAGCUAAUUAAUUUAAUCAUAAUAAAACACAUUUUCUAAUUUAGCAGUACCGUAUAUAAAAGUCAAGAAAUUUUAUCUGCAAACUUAAUGUUAUAUUGCAGGCUCGACUUAUACACGGGUGUGAGGGGGAUGGCUGCAUCAUAGUGGUGCCGCUGGACUGGGCGGCCGCCUAGCUGGUCCGGCGGCAUACUCACUUUCAUGCUUUCUGACUCUGCAGCUGUCAGAAAGCACGAACUGAAGGAGGGCGGGGGGGGCCAUAAUCAGGGUAGCGAGAGGGAGGCAGGGGGACGGGACAUUGAUGUCCGUGGGACUGGCGGGAGCACAUAAAAUCACUCUCCCGCCGAUGAGAAACACUCACUGACAGAAACACUCACAUUAACUGACAAAGAAACACUCGCUGACAAAGAAACACACACACACACUCACUGACAAACAUACACACUGACACAAACUCACUAGAUUAUAAACACUGUCAGUGUGUGUUUCUGUCAGUGUGUCUAUGUGUUUCUGUCAGUGAGUGUGUGUUUCUGUCAGUGUGUGUAUGUGUUUCUGUCAGUGAGUGUGUGUGUUUCUGUCAGUGUGUGUUUCUGUCAGUGAGUGUGUGUGUGUUUCUGUCAGUGAGUGUGUGUGUGUGUGUGUUUCUGUCAGUGUGUGUUUCUGUCAGUGAAUGUGUGUGUUUCUGUCAGGUUUUCUGUCAGUGAGUGUGUGUCAAGAGUCAAUGAGUGUAUUUGUGUAUGUGUCAGUGUGUGUAUGAGCCAGUGAGUGCAUGUGUGUGUAUAUAUUAAAGGAACAGUAUAGGGUGAGGAACACAAAUGUAUUCCUGGCCUUGUAGUGUAGGGUCCCUUGACGUUGUUAAGGCAUACUAUGCUGCCCUGCACACUACGGGCUUAAACACUGUCAGGGCAGCAUGGUUCACUCUAGCAGUGCAGCUGUCAGAAAGCACGAACUGAAGGAGGGAGCAAACAAAAGUAUGAUGCUCCCUCGCGGCUCCCACGAUGCCCAGCGUAGCCACAUUAUAGAGUAGUGUUUACUCCGUGAUGUGUCCAUGCUGGGAAUUGUGGGUACCAUGAGGGAGCAUGAUAGAGAGACAUUUGUGUUAUAUUUCCAGUCUCUCAUGUGCAAGGUCAGCCUCAGGAGAAAGGGAAUAGAGAUACACAAGGAGGGGGGAGAAAGAGACAGAGGGGGAAGAGAGACACACAAAAUGGAGGGGAAGAGAGACACACAGGGGAUAGGGGAUAAUGAAACAGGGGAAAGAGAUAGACACGGGGGAGGGAAAAAUAGACAGAGGGGGGAGAUAGAGACUGGGAAGAAAUGGACACAUAGGAGCAGUGAUGGGGAGAAAGAAACAUAACGGUACAUCAUAUAAGGGAACUUGAUUGACUAUUUACUCUUGUUUGUUGUCAAAUGAUUAUUAAGAUUACAUUAAUAAUAACAGAAUAAUAUUUUCAGUAAAUUCUUAUCUUCAGAAAAAUAAGUUUUGCAAAGAAAACGAGAGCUUCUUACACUGCUACGCUUAAAUUGAAAGUUAUUGAACAUGCAAAGGAAGCCAAUAAUAGCGUAGCUGCAAGAGAGGUCAUGUCAUUCCACAAAUUCAUUAUCAAACAGAAAAAAAAAGAAUGGUUUUGCUCUGAAUAACAUUGGGAAUAUUGACGAAACUCCAAUAACAUUUGAUUUGCCUGGCAAUCAAACUGUAGCAAGUGUUGGAGAAAAAAAACUGUACUUAUAAAACAACCGGGUCAUGAAAAGUCACAUUUCACUGUUGUACUGUCUUGCCUGGCAGAUGGCACUAAACUGCGCCCGGUAAUAAUAUUCAAGAGGAAAACAAUGCCAAAGAACUUAAAAAUUCCGGCAGGAGUAACUGUUCGUGUUCACUCUAAAGGCUGGAUGGAUGAGGAGGGUACAAAGUUGUGGCUGCGCAAUGUGUGGGGCAGGCGACAAGGCGCGGCGCUAAUAAAAUGUCCGUCGUUAUUGGUGUGGGAUAUGUCCCGUGCGCAUAUAACAGAGGAUGUGAAGGACGAAGCAAAGAAAAUGGCAACCACGGUAGCAGUGAUUCUAGGCGGCCUAACAUCAAUGCUCCAGCCAUUGGAUGUCUGUCUCAACAAGCCUUUCAAGGACCGAUUGCGCAAUAUGUGGCAACAAUGGAUGUGUUCUGGUCAAGCAAAGUUAACGAAAGGAGGAAACUUGAUGAAACCAGACAUUGAUUUGAUAACGAAAUGGGUAAAGGAUGCUUGGGAUUCAAUAUCACCAGAAAUGAUCAAGAAGUCAUUCCUGAAAUGCGGAAUUAGUAAUGCUAUGGAUUGAUCAGAGGACGACGCCAUCUAUGAAGAGAAAGAUUAAUCGGCUUCAUAUACCGAUUCAACAGAUGAAGACAGCGAAGACGACGUUUACGCUGAUGGCAUCACCGAAGAACAAUGUUGUGAUUUAUUCGGACAUUCUGAUGAUGACGAGUCAGAGUUUGAAGUAUUUGAAUAGGCCAAACAAUGUUUGUGCUAUUUUGGAGGGCAUAAAUAAAAAUUCCCUGUAAUAAGUUUAAGGAAUUCGUUACAGUUAAUAAAUUAAAAUGUUCAUGUUCAUAAUUGCCGAUUUUUUUUUAAUACAGUUUUUAGCCGACAUGUUUGAUCUGACAGAAUUUCAUAGCCCAAAGUUUUACCCUCGACUUAUCCACGAGUCAUAGCAUAUUUCACAAUUGUUGGUCACAAAACUGCACUCUACUUAUACAUGAGAUCAACUUAUGCACGAGUAUAUACGGUACUUGCAGUCUGGUAAUUAUUUCUUCUUUACUUUCCACACCAUCAUACUAAGGAAUAUAUCGUUAGUAAAUGUUGGAAUACAUAGAUCAGGAAAAUGGAAAAUUUAUCAAUACUUGAUUUGUUUUUCCUGGUCAUAGUCCAUGGCAGCAAGUUUUAUACAGUCUUUUAUAUGUAAAAAGUUCUCAGUGGAGUGGGAGAAGAUGACCUUCUAGUAACUGCUGCCAUGAAUUACAACCAGGAAAAGAAAAUGAUGGUUUUGUUAAAGUUUCCUUUUUUUUUUUUUAUUUACGGUUGUUAAUUUUUCUCUCUCUGUUUUGUUCUCACAGGAGACAAAGUCAUUCCGCUCUUUGUUCCACAAUGUGGAGAAUGCAGAUGUUGUAAAGAUCCGAAGACCAACCUAUGUUAUAAAAAUGAGUUAGUGAAUUUAUUGAAACUUUUACAAAUAUAAAGGUUUAAUUAAGACUGGAUGUGUUGCUCAUUUUGAACACAUUGGCAAUUAAAAUUAAAAUGCAAUGAUUACAUUUACUAUAAACCAAAUUUAGCAAAACAAAUUAUUGAUUAAGACUGAUUGUCUAAUUGAAGCCCUGCUAAACUAAUCUUAGUUGGUAAUUAAGGGAUCAAAUGACUUAAAUUACCCUAAAGAUAAAUCAAAAUGUUUCAGGUCAGUAAUGAAGUUCUGAACAAAUCAUAAUUCACCACAAUUGUCCCUAUAGAAAUAAUAGAUCGUCUUUUACAUAAAAAUGUAAAAUAAAUAAAUAACCUGAGGAUCGUCGCUGGGGGCUCACUUAGGGGUUAAACUGUUCAAGAAUGGUUUAAUCCAUUUAUGGAAGAGUGUUCCCAGGUGCCUUCUGGCACCAUAACAACUUAAUUGCCUUUAAGGUGAGAUAACCCAACUGAAAUCUUAGGUGACUGAUGUCUCCAGUUCAGCUAUUUUGAACGUACUUUUGAAAUUCACUUUAGUAAAUAAUCCUUUAUGUGAUAUUAAUGUUCUUAUUUUAUAGUAUUUUUAUUAUAUCAUCGAUAUUAUCUUUAUAACUAAAAAUCCAAAUUCAAGGCAUCUCUAAUAGGGCAAUUAACACAAUUAAUUAGAACUAAAAUGCAUAAAUCUUAUAAAUAUGCAUGAACCUGUGCCAUGCUACUUAGCUUUGUUUCUCCUAACCAUUUCACAAAAAUCCAAAUUACUACCAAGAGCAUCACCAGUAUUUAUUUAAUAACCUUGGAAUAUAGGUCAGGGAGAACUUAUAUUCCCCUCUAUUGAAAAAAAUACAGUUAUGCAUUGCACUUAAUGUGCUAAUAACAAUCAUGUAAAAUUAUAAUGUGUACUUAGGUGUACUUUAGAGGCACUAGCUUUGAGUAACUAUUAUUACAAAAACAUAGUGGAAAUUGAAUGCCAAUCGUAAUUUUCUGAAAACAUUAUUUUUUUUCUCAACAGUAUUGGAAAAUACAAAGGAACGAUGUUGGACAACACCAACAGAUUUACUUGCAAGGGAAAGAUCAUUUAUAACUUCAUAUCCACCAGCACAUUCACUGAAUACACUGUAUUGGAUGAAAUAGCUGUGGCUAAGAUUGAUGAUAGGGCUCCUUUGGAUAAAGCUUGCUUAAUAGGCUGUGGAUUUACAACCGGUUAUGGUUCUGCUGUGAGAGUGGCUAAGGUAGGUAAUACAUUGGCAAAUUUUUAAAUGAAAGAAAAAAUGUAAAAAAAGAAAUAGAAAGUUAUAAAGAAAAUGAGAAUUGACCUAUUUUACAACUAUAUUUGGAAAAUUCAGUGAUUAUUUUAUUAUUUUAAACUUAACAAUGUGUGUAUAUUUAUAUAUAUAUAUAUAUAUAUAUAAAUAAAAUGCAUUUUUGAUAAUUGUCAUUCUAGUGAACACAUUUAUUUUAGUAAUCAUAUUUGUGUCAAUUUUACAGUAAGGAAUUGUCACUUUUUUUUUUUGAGGCAUUAGUGAUACAUUAUAUAAGUGGCAAGAAAUGUUUAUACAAAACAGAAGUUUUAGCAGAUUCAGAGUAAUCAGAAAACAUUAAAUAUCAGAAUGAGAACAAGAUAAGGACCUACAAGCGGUGGCAUUCUAUAGGACUGGGAUAUACCCUUACAGUGUGGCAUGGAUUCAGAGUCGGGGAAACCCGUGCUGCUCUACCAUGGGUGUUCACACUGUGGGUAAAGGCAUCAUCACUUGUUAGGGGAAUGUUAGGUGGUAUAAUUAUAGUAACUUAAAGUAUGUGGGCAGGGCAGGCCCCCAACUAAACCCUCUUGAAAAAUAAUUUUAAGUUUAAUGCCAAAAUAGCUGAAUUGGAAAAAAAAAUAUCUCAUGCUAGAGGGAGUGGGGGAUAGUGACACAAAAGGUAUAAGUAGAGGUGAGUAGGUUGCUAGAAAAGUAAUCACUGAGAAGGGGGAGGGGAUGAAAAUCCGCUAACAGUUUCAAUGAUAUGAACAUCCUGAAGAAGUGUGUUUUCAAAGAAUUUUUGAAGGUGUGGAGACUGGGUGAAAGUCUAGGGAAGGGAAGGGAAGGGAGUUCCACAGAAAAGGUGCAGCCCUGGAGAAGUCUUGGAGGUGAACAUCAGAUGUGGGAGUAUGGACAGAGGAUAGACGUUGGUCUUCGGCAGAGCACAGGGGCCUCAACGGGACAUACUUGUGUGUUAGGGAAGAUAGGUAGGUUUGAGCAGCAUUAUGUAGGGACUUGUAAGCAAGCACCAGAAUCUUUUCCAUGAAUAUAUUCUCUCAGUGGUGGCUGGUGAAGUUUCUAGAUGGGGGAAGCUAGGAUACACGCCUAGAAUUUGAUUGCCCCAUUUAUUUAAACUUUGAACCUAACCUGUUGGACUAUGCACACCAUGCAACUAAAUAUUAAGGUUGUGAUGACUUACAGUGUCAUCUAUUGGGCAAUUUUUUAAAAUUUUAAAUUUAAUUUUUUUAUACAUUUUAUUACUGUAUAUUGUUAAUUCUGAAGAAUGUAAAUGUGGGAAUAUUCCAGUCUUAAAGUAUUCCUAAUUUGAAAUAAUGACUGAAAUACAAUCUGGGUCAUUUCAGGAUGUCUGCUUUCUUUUAACAUGUAUUUCUUGAUUGAUUACAAGAUUUGCAUGUAUCCGUUUCGCUUUCCAUAGGUUGAACCUGGUUCUACCUGUGCUGUGUUUGGCUUGGGAGGUGUUGGUCUUUCAGUGGUCAUUGGAUGUAAAGUAGCUGGAGCAGCCAAAAUUAUAGCAGUGGACAUAAACAGUGACAAGUUUGCAAAAGCAAAAGAACUUGGAGCCACCCACUUUGUCAACCCAAAGGACCACAAGAAACCAAUUGAUGAGGUUCUAGCAGAUAUGUCUAAUGGUGGAGUAGACUUUGUCUUUGAGGUCAUUGGAAAUACUUCAGUAAUGGUAAGUUACAAUAUACAACUCAGUAAACUAUUAUGAUUGGUAUUGUAUAAACAUUUUGAAAUUUUUUUUAAAAAAUUGUACAUUAGUUUAUACCAGAAUAAGUUGCAAACUCCAGUUUAAAAUAAGGAAAUAACAUUAAAAUUAUAAAUAACUAUGCAGGAUAAAUACCCAAAGUUACUAAUAUGUCUGCAGUUUAAUUACUUUUUUAUUUAUUUUAUUUAUUAUUUUAGAAAUAUGACCUAUUUAGAAGUCCAAUUUGUGGAAUCUAGAAAGACUUGCCAUAAGGUUAAUGCGGAAGAGGCAAAAUUAUAAAGAGGCUAAAAAAAUAUUAUAUAAGUUCAAAUCAAUUUGAAUAGGAAAGUUUGUACUUGGUUGAACAGAGAACGGUUUGAGAAUCUGCUUAUUGUGAAGACCAAUAUUUUCUAGGAAACUCCAUCUUUUCCUUAACAAUAGGAGUCCUGAAACAUUUCCCCAUCUUGUGUUCCCAACUGCAAUCCUAUUAGUGUACCUCUGUGGUCUCUGGCUGCAGACUAUAUAAUAAUAUUGCUUGUUGCCUUCUGCCUUACACAGGACACAUUUCAUGGGAGCAACCGCUGAGAUCUGUGCUGACACAGACAUAGAUCUUGGUUCCCUUGCCGUUAGGUCACCAUGGAUGAUAUUCUCCUUCCACUUGAAAAAUUGAACAUGCGCAUGACCCUUAUUACCACAAAAGGAAACAUAGGCUCAAAAUAUGUAUUUUUUUUUAUUAUUUUUAGUCCACAAGUACCUAUCAUGUUAUAAGGACAAAAAUAAAAGAUGCAUAAUCUAUGAGCCUUUCCAAUGUGAAAUACAGACCGCUAUUAUGCAUUUCGCACAAGAAAUUAAUUUUUUUUUAUUUUUAACAUAAAGAUAUGAUAACGGUAAACCAAAUAUGAUACCUCUCUCGCUAAGUAGCUAAUUAAGCUAAACUACGAUCUUUACAAACCUGGCCUAUAUCUACAGGCUUGGCAUAACAUUGUUGUUUCAGGAACUAUUGGGUAUGGGAUGUAUCUGGUGAUGUACAAAGAUUAUGCCUGGCUUCCUUACUACAAAGAGUGUUGAUUCCUCUAAACUUUUAGCAGACAGGGGGGUGGAUGAGGAGGGGGCAUGUUAGUUUGCUCCAGAGACCAGUCAAUCUGUUGGGUAAGAGAACUAAAAUUGGUUUAACUUAUUGCAAAUGAAAUAAAUGGUGGAACAUAAUGAAAAACAAAAUGUAACUAACAAUAGAAGACUGCUGCUAAUAACAGUAAGAAGUUCAGGUGGUGGUGUCCCGGAAUACCCCUGAUCUUCAAGCUGUUUUUGCGCCGUACGUCCAACAAUGCUGCAAAGAGGCGAUCAUAAGCUUCAUUUUGGAGUUGAAUACUUUAGACAGGGUAGCAAGUUGAAGACUUUGUUGCUGGGUAGCAAGCUGGCUUACAGAGUCCCUGGAGGCAGACUCUAAAGCCACCAGCCAUCCAGUCAGACCCUGUAAGUCAGAGUGGAGUACUGCUACAUCACACUGGUUCGUUCUCUGUAGGUCUGCCAGUAAGGUCUUCAGGACUUUGGUUGUGAUAGGUGAGUUGGCCGUGCCUGGGAGGGCCAGAGCUGGAUUAGGCCUGCUAGGUAAGUGCACAGCCUCCUACUCAUUAGAAAAGUCAUCUGAGACUUCAGAGUAUGCCUCCGGAUAGCUGGCCAUCUUGGGUCCAACUACUCCAUAUGAUUGCUGCAGGAGGUCACCUAUGCAGAGUCGUUGCGGUGGCUUUUCAGUUUUUUGCUUCUAGGUCUUGCAACCUAUUCUGCUUACCUGUCUCCAGUGAAGUUCCCACAGUCACUCAGAUCAGACUUUGGAGCUCAAAUUAGGGGAAAAUGGUCAAUAGUAUGCAGGAUCAAAAUCAUUUUUGAGGAGGCCUCUGUAAUGUGUUUUAGGAUACUGUCACAUAACAUACAUUACAGAGGACCCCAGAGUCCUUUGUUUCACAACUCUCUUAUCUCUCUAAGUGUUAGAAUCUUUGUGUCUACUAUACACUCUUUUAUCUGUCUCACUCCCAGUGUUGCACACCGCUAUAACAAUACAGCAUUGUGUCUUGUAUAAACUAGUUUCUCACACUAAUGUUUUAUUUUCUACACCAUGUAUUACACAUCCUAAAGUUUAUCAAUCACCUAUGUUUCGCACACAUCAAUAUCUUCCUGUGUUCCUACUUCAAUGGGUACCCCAGAUCUCCAAGUCACCCGUUGUCGUCAUCCUCUUGUCUGUCAGCCACCAUUCUGAAUAUUGUCAGACAGCCUUCUAACAUCUAAGACAGCCAUAUUCCUUACCACCCACAAUUGCAUUUCUCCCCAAGUGAUUAGCAAUGCAUGCCACACCACAAUCCAUAUGUUUCACCUUUCAAACAGCCUUUACGUGUUUACAUCUAAAUUUAAACUUUAUCUUGAAUAUUAUCUUAUAAAACAUCUAGCCAUUUUAAGAUUGUACAUAUGGGGAUACUUACUAUGCAUGGAAAUGUAGGUACAUUAUAAUAAGAUGCACAUACAUAUUUUUCACUACAAUCAAUCAAUGGGAAACCUAUCCAUAAAGGUACUUUUCAAAGGAGGAAAAAUAAAAUUAAUUUCUCCCUCAUUUUUCAUCUUGACAUUUUGAUAUCUCAUAUUUUUCCCUCCUGAAAAACAUUUAUUUUAUGUUUUUUUCUAUCUUUUCUUAGGCUUCUGCUCUUAAAAGUGCUUUCUUUGGAUCUGGAACUUCAGUUAUUGUUGGUUUGGCUCCUUCAUCAGAUAUGCUUUCGGUAGACCCAAUGUUGCUUCUUACAGGCCGCACAAUGAAAGGAGCUGUGUUUGGAGGUAAUGGUUAAGAAAUAACACUGCAAAUGUAUAGUAUUGUUUCACUCUCAUUCUGCUCAUUUGUGUAUAAGUAAUUAUGAUGUUAGAGGAGUUUUAUACUACAAAUCCUUAUAGGAAUGUUAGAGAACAAAAUUAACUUGGAAUAGGAAAGGAGCAAAUGACAACGUCUCUUUGGAUCAAGUGAAAUAAUAUUACUUUGGUUCUAUUGGAAGUCUAGAUUUAGUUGUAACACUAACAACCAGAGGGCAAAAAGUGAAAAAACAAAAAAAGCCUAUGGUGGUCAAUAUGAUCCCCACAUUACUAUAAGGGAGGUUUAAUGCAGCCAUGCUGUAGGUGAGGGUAUGUCUACUAAAUAGUUAGCGGCUAGUGACCGCUUACUGUAAUAUACAAACUAGUGACUGAAUCACUAUUGCUGUGCAUUCACUAAUAAAAUACAGGGAGCACCUAGCACAGUCCCCUCUAGAUCCAUGAGCAGCGGGUGGGUGCCCUACUAAAAAACAAAAAAAUCCUAAUGUGUAGGUCAUCCUAGUGCCCCACACAACCCCUUCACAUGAGCAGUGGAUGGGGGCUUUAUAUAUAUAUAUUUUAAAUGAAGGCAACAUAGUGCCUCCUUAGUCCUCACCCAUAUGCAUUGGGUGAGGGCUCUAUUAAAUAAUAUAGACAGAUGUAGAUCCCCAGCCCUAUCAUGGACAGUUGGUGAGGGCUGUGUUAAAUUUAUUAAGGGGGGUUAACAUUCUGUUGUCCACCCUGCUUACAACAAAAAGGGGGUGGAUAAGCUACUGUCCACCCAUGGCCUUCGCUUGGGGGGUAUUAAUGACAAUAAGGAAGGUGGAAGGUUAAAAAAAUUUUUAUAUACUUAUCGUAAGACAUUUUUUUCCUUCAUUUUUCCUCCUAUAGUGUUAAACCCACCAUCUAGCCCCCCUGGGGCCCUCAUGCCUCCCUAAAUAUAGCAAAAUCUUACUGUAUUCAAGCCAGAAGCUGUAACUCUGCAUGCUGUUUGCCUAAAAAAAUAAAUAAAUAAAAAACAGUCUGCUGACAUCAUCAGAAGUGGUAGCCUGAUCCAAUCACAGUGCUUCCCCAUAGGAUUGGCUUCGACUGACAAAGAGGCAGAUCAGGGGCAGAGCCAGAAUGAUUUAAACACAGCCCUGGCCAAUCAGCAUCUCCUCAUAGAGAUGUAUUGAAUCAAUGAAUCUCUAUGAGGAAAGUUCAGUGUCUGCAUGCAGAGGGAGGAGACACUGAAUGUUUGGAUGCAUUUUAGGCAGCCAUGACCCAGGAAGGAUCUCUAACAGCCAACUGAGGAGUGGCCAGUGAAGUUAUCACUAGGCUGUAAUGAAAACACUGCCUUUUCUCUGAAAAGACAGUGUUUACAGCAAAAAGCCUGAAAGUAAUUAUUCUACACACCAGAACAAUUUCAAUAAGCUGUAGUUGUUCUGGUGACUAUAGUGUCCCUUUAAUUACCGUUGCCACUAUAAAAAUAAAAUAUACCGAAUUUAUUCAUUAAAUUUAUUCUGCAUAAAAUUUUUAUUUUUUUAUGUUCACUCAUGGAGGGCGCCAUGGGAAGUAUAUAUAGGGAAAGCCAUAAUGAUAUUGGACAGCAUCAUCAGCCACCACCAAGGGGUGUGACCUGAGAAAGAAGCCUAAUGUGUCCAACAAAUAUGACCCAAAUGUGGCAAUUAACUAUUAAUCUAAAAAUUAUAAAAAGUGGAGUUCCCAAUAAUAUCAGGAGAGGCCCAGAGACUGAUGAUUCCGCUUUCUCCACCCCAAGGGCUGGUGAAUGACUUUUUUUUUUUUUUAAUUCUUUAAUUUUUUUCUGUGCAUGAAAGAUACAUACAGUUUUUCAAUGCCCCAACAGCAUUUACAAGGUUCACAUUGGUCAAGAUGAUACGUUUGUAAGACAUGGUGAAGGGUCGCACAUUUUUUUAUAUUUUUAACAAGCUUAACCUAAUAGUAAUAUUGUCAGAAUAAGAUUGACUAAAAUAUAAUACAAUGGAAUAAUCGAUGGUUAACGAUGGGUAUAUCAGCUCUCGUGGUAUGUAUACUGAAGAGCCAAAAUAAAACAGAAAAGAAAAUAUACUUUGCCAAAGAAACUGUGCAGUUGCUGGGUCACAUAAGGUAUGUUCAGGUAAUGGUCCUGGUUGGACAUUAUCCAGCGGCCACCAUGUGACCCAAAAGUGUGUGAGUGCCUUUGCGGAGAUUGUGCAAUCUGAUUGAACAUAAACAUAUAUUCAAACCGUACAUACAAACUUCAUACAGCAAUAGGGCGAAAUUAUGAGAGGUUGAUGCAUCAGCCAGUGAGGGGCGUUCAGGUAGCGGCUACUGUCUGUGCCGCGUGGGUUGAGCCUCUUGGAACGAAAGUCUUGGAAUUAGCUGGGUUCCACUCAUGUGGUCGGGAGAGCCUGCUCAGAGGCUGCAGAGAGUCUGGUGGAAGGCCCAAGGUAACGAGGUGUGUCUUCGCCUCCUGCAGGUCCGCUAUGAGGCAUGUGUUUUCUCCUUGAAGUACCUGGAGCUUGUGGGGUGAGCGUCAUUGGUAUUGAAUAUUAUGAGCGCGGAGUAGGGUGGUGACAGGCCUCAGGGUUGAGUGCCAUGCCAUAGUCCCUCUGGAUAGAUUUGUGUAAAACGAUAGGGCCAUGUCCUCAAAGGGGUAUGGUGCAUGUCCCCUGACGGCAGUCAUAACUGCUACUUUGUCGUGUCGUUUUUGAAAUUUGACAAUUAAGUCCCUGGGUGCCGUUGAUGGAGCCGUCGGUGGUUUUGGGAUUCUGAACAUGCCUUCCAAAUCUACUCCCUUAGCCUGCUUCAUGAGGUGAGGAAGUUCUGCUAUGCCUCUGAUCUUUAUGUUGUGGGCCUGGCGUGAGUCUUCCAGUGCCGCCAUUUUCUGUUCCACCCUCAGGUGCUGUUGUUGCAGUGUUUUCACCUCCUGCUGGAGCAUGGCCACCGACCUCGAGUGGUUGCGGGCGUCUUGCUCUACAGUACCCAUGCGGUUUGUUAGGCCCUGGUUGUCUUUCCUUAUGUCUGCCACAUCUGCUUGGAUAUUCCGGCAGAGUUCCGCCAUCAGCUCCCUCAUUUCGGCCUUCGUGACCGGGGCCAUGUCCGGCUGCGAUCUAGGCUGCACUGCCACCUGUGCUGCGGGUAAGCAUGUCUCUUCAGGCUCAGAGAGUCAUCGAAAUCAUCAAGGUAGGUGUCCAUGUUGGGCUCCGGAGCACCAUGUGCUCGCCGCCAUACGUCCCCUAUUCUGGUGCGAGAAGAGAGAGCGGAAUAUAUGAUUGGCUCACUCGAAUACAUACCAAGGUCUCACAGACUUCAACAUACAUAAUUUUUAUUUUUUUUUAAAGGCUAUUUUCACAAUGUCAUACUUUGUCAGAACUUAAGCUAGGAAAAAUUAUCCCCAAGUCAUACUCAGAAGCAGACCUGCAACAGAUCACCUUUAAAUUGACUAACAAGUGUAACUAAUUUCAACAGCAGCUGAAGGCCCGGUGACGCACUUCAACCUGUAGAAGCCGCAAGCUGUGAUUAAUGCCAUUCAUUAGCUGAGAGUAUCAGCAGACCACGCUCAGGCAAUGACUGACUUUCUGUACAACAAAAGUUGCUCAGAAUCGACAUUAGUCAAUGCCAUUCUAAUGACAGUGCAAAGGUGGAGUUACAUAUGGCAGGUGGUGUUUCAUGGCAAAAUGCUUAACAUACAGACUUCAGGCACCACAGUCACGUCACUGAAGUGGUCAUGGUGGUUAAGGUAACUCUAUAAUACAUAUAUGAAAGUAUCUGAUAUUCUUUUUAUAUUAUUACAGGUUUUAAGAGUAAGGAUGAAGUUCCCAAACUGGUGGAAGAUUUUUUGGCAAACAAGUUUGAACUGGAUGGGUUGAUCACUCACAAACUGAAACUUGAUGAGAUCAAUGAAGGCUUUGAAUACCUGCGAGCAGGCAAAAGGUAAAUUUCAUAUUAGAUAGAAUUAUGUUUAUGAUCUUCAUAAUCACAAUAUUAUAAUUACAUGUUGAUGUACGAUGGUUUAACUAAAUAUAUAAUUGUGAGAAGAUACAUGAGUAAGAUGUGUUGAGAACCCUACGUAAACCAGCUUCAAUUUAAAGGAUGUAGGAUAUAAUUACUCAUAAGUUAAUUUACAUGUGCAGAUUAUCCAGAUUUGGAAUUGAUUGGUAUGUAUAUUGCGAAUAUAUAUAUUUUUUAAACAUUAUGUGACAUGUUUAACUAAACGACGUCUAUGUCGUUGUGAGACAAGGAUGGAAUUGCUGUAUUUUUAAAACUAUCACUGAACACCAGGGGAAUGCCUAGUAGUAAAACACAGAAUGUGAAGGCAGAUAAGAACCAUUCGGCCCAUCUAGUCUGCCAAUAUUUUCAAAAUACUUUUAAAUUAGUCCCUAGCCUUAUCUUAAGUAUAGGAUAUUUUUUUUUUGACAACACAAGAACAAACACAAAAAAAAUAAAAAAUAUCUAGUAGGUGAAAGUUAGAUAAACGUUCUUAUCUUCCAGCGUUCUGUUCUUUAUAUGUAAGAAUUUAUUUAAUAAUACUAUCCCCCAUACAACUGAAUAACAUCAUUCCUCCUUCAUGCCUGCCAUUACUCUCUCCAAGGAAGUGAUGCAGCAAACACUUGGGCUUUACAAAGCACAUAAUUGAAUUUUGAACUGGUGAGGUUCAGUCUCAUGAGCAGCAAACCACUUCAAUGUAUCACUGUGUAAUUAAUAUGAGCAAUAACUAUGAAGUCCAACUUCAUUGUAUCAAUUUAGUUUCCUCCUUUAUCGAAAUACAUGUAUAACAGAACUUACGGGUGUUUUUAUUACACUGUGACUCUCAGCCAGUCUACACAUUUAAAUGGAUGUUAUUUUUAUUUUAUGGUUUACUAUUUUUUUCUUGUCUAUUUUACAACUCUAACAAUAUUGUUUGUUUGUUUUCAGCAUACGGAGUGUUAUAAUGAUGGGCUAGUAAGCUUACCAGCAAGUUAUCAAGAUAAACAUCACAGAGUAAACCUUUUCCAGAAAUUGCAGAUGAAAAUCUUUAAUGAUCAUUUAGCCAAAACAUGCUUUAAAUGCAAAUUAUAUACAGAUAAUAUAUAUUCACCAUACUUAAAAAGUAAAUAGCAGUAGAAUAUGCAAAAAAAUUUCUCUCUCUCUGGCUCUCCCUUCCCCUCUAUUUCUGAGACCUUUCAGCCACAAAUGGCUUUUGGUGAAGGUAUACGAUCUUACUUAUCAAGGCAAAAUAGGUGCUAUUCAGGUGCUAGUGUCUUCACACAUGUUGUGGUUGUUUAUUAAAAGUGUAGUGUUACCUGUCACGUUCACAGUGGUUUUGUGCACUUGCACCAAUUUCUUUAAUAAAAUUGAUACUCCACUCUUUCUGACAUCUGUCUGGCACAUUUUAUUCCUCUUUUGGAUUUUUGCACUUUUGUACUGAUGAUUUUACCACUUGUUACAUUCACAAAAUAUGAAGACAAAAUGGGGAAUAUAAGUGGACAAAAUGGGAUGUAUUUACAAUUAUUUUUUUUUAAUUAUUUUUUUAUAGAAUAAAGGAACUGUUCAAACACCAUAACCAAGUUGUUAUGGUGCCUGAACUACCCUGGUGCCCCCCAUUGUAAAUAGUCAAACUAUUUUUAAAUGGUUAGACUUAUUACAUUGGGUCCACUGGGCACCAGUCCUCCUCCACUACAUCUGACAGAGACGAAAGUCUGCUUCUUGCAUGGCUAGCUCAUUGGCUGAGAGUAGUGAUGUCGCGAACCCGAAAUUUUCGGUUCGCGAACGGCGAAC